GCGGUCGAUUACUACAUUUUAUUUUUGUUUAGUAGUUUAACACUGAAUUUCGUGUAACCAUCAUGGAAUAACAUCUGCAGCUUGGUUACUGAUUUUUCCAUAAACGCGUUUUAUUAUUAUUUUGUAUAGAAGUAACAAUUUAAAAAUUUAACAUAACGAUUACAUACAUCGACUUGGAACGUUCGCGUAACAAUAAAAACAUGCCUUACAUCCAGAUUAAUAGAAAACUUCUGCUGAUGAAAAUUCACUACUUUUUAGGAAUUGGAGGUUAUGCGCCGUUUUCGCCAUUUAUGACAACAAUAUUAAAACAACGUGGUUAUUCAGCAUUCAUUGUUGGGUUAAUAUUCAUGUUACAACCAAUUCCAGGCAUUUUGAUAAAACCACUUAUUGGAGUAAUUACAGAUAAAUACAAAUGUCGACGAUCAGUGAUUAUUUUAAGUUCAAUAAUCACGUUUGUAUUAGUUUGUUUACUAUCAAUAAUUCCUGGUACGACCUCAAAAGAAGAGAUGAACGAUUUAGAUGUUAUUAAGUCGCCGUUGUUUUGGUUAUUCAUAACUACAAUUGUCCUAAUCAAUACGGAUGGAAUGGUGAAAAGUGUUAUAGAGGACACAAUUUGUAUGGAUUUAUUAGGCAAAGACAAAAAUAACUAUGGAAAACAAAGGUUGUGGGGAUCUAUUGGUUGGAGUUUGUUUGCCAUUAUUUCCGGUGUUUGUAUAGACUGGUACAGCGCUGGGCUAGAAUACAAAAACUAUGCUCCAGGUUACGUCAUUGCAUUGAUAUGUUUUCUUGUAGAUAUAUAUGUGGUGUCUAAACUCAAGGUUAUACAAGAAACUAAUAGCAACAUUGUAGCUUCUGAUGUGAAAAAAAUAUUUACUCAAGGUAAAGUACUAGCGUUUCUUCUUUGGGUUGUUUUUAUUGGAUUUUUUAUAUCUUUCAUAUGGAACUUCGUAUUUUGGUAUCUAGAGGAAUUGUCAAAUGUUUACCAUCCCGAAAUGAAAUCGUGGAUGAAGUCCCUCCAAGGAACAGCUUUACUAAUCCAAUGUUUUGGUGGAGAAGUACCAUCAUUCUUUUUGUCCAGCUACAUACUAAAACGUGUAAAUCACAUGACCAUCUUCUCUAUAGUGUUUUUUAUGUUCACAUGUAUUUUCUCUGUGUACACGAUCAUCGAGAACCCUUUUUGGGCAUUACCAGUUGAAUUACUUAACGGUAUGACGUUUGCUCUAUCUUAUUCGGCCGCCACCUCGUAUGCGGCUCUUAUAACUCCUAGAGGCGCCGAAGGAACGCUCCAAGGAGUCGUCGGGACAGCGUACACGGGAAUAGGCGCGCCCAUUGGAAGUUUCGUUGGUGGUUAUAUGUUCAAACAUAUUGGAAGUAUUGAUUCAUUUAGGCUGUUGAGCGUGGUUGCAUUUUUCACUUGUAUUAUACAAAUUACUGUUAAUUAUUUGAUAAAUCGUUUAACUAUAAAUGAAGAUCCUAAGGAUAUAUAUAGUAAAGUUGAAACUAAAGAUGAUAAUCUCGAAGAAGACCUAACUUUAACAUAACCUAGUAUUAUUUUCUAAAGUAUUAUUUUGUUACUUAGAAUAUAAAUAGCUGGAUUUUUGUGUUAUUUAUUAUAAUAUUAUUUGUACAAUAUUAUGUAUUUUAGAUUUCUCAAACUUUAAUAUCCAUCAAAAAAUCCCAGAUACGAACUCUU